AUGAACAUGAUCGUGGGCUCAAUGCUGGGCAACCCGCUGGGAGGCGGACUCGACUCACUCACCGGCGGAAAUGAGGGCGAGGGCGAGAAAACGGCCGAGGGCGAGGACCCAGAGGUCGUAGCCGCGCGUCUCGAACAGGAGGAGCGCCGCAAGGAGAAGCACCGCAAAAUGGAGCAGGAGCGCGAGAAGAUGAGGCAGGGAAUUCGCGAGAAGUACAACAUCAAGAAGAAGGACGAAGAUGGUGGAAUGGGUGGAUUUGACAUGGCCGAUGGAAGAAUUGGAGCGGCGAGGAAGAAGACGCCCGAGGAGUUGGCUGCCGAGAUGCACGCCGAGGAUGAUAGCAUCAUCGGCCAACUCGGCCUCACCGAACACGUCGACAAGGCCAAGGCCACCGUCAACGGCGCCUUCGAAAUGGUCAAGGGAUUUUUGCCGUUUGGAAAA